CAUCGUUUCACCUUCCAACACAUUCACUAUGAGUUCUGAAAACUUUCCUCUCCGCACCUCUGGCAUCUAUCGCAACUUGCCAACCUUUGAUCCCUCUAUCAAGGGAUUGAAAGCUGUCGUUGUUGGAGCGACUGGUAUCUCUGGCUACAACACAAUCCGUUCCCUUCUCGACUCUCCGGAGCGAUGGUCCAACAUCUACGCGCUCUCGCGUAGCCCCAUCCCGGACGAAAUGCUUGCGCUGUUCACCGAAGAGCAAAAGUCACGCAUUAAGCACGUAGCCAUCGAUCUCACUGGUACCGGAGAGAAGAUUGCUUCCCAAUUGAAAGAGGGUGGUGUUGAAGUCGACCAUGUCUUCUUCUACGGUUACAUCUCUCCCAAGAAUGUCUCCGCCAUGGACCCAAAGGCAGAGGAAGAACUUGUCAAAGCCAACAAACCAAUCUUUGAGAACUUCCUCUCUGCUCUCGAGAUUGCCGAAUUGAGACCCAGGCGUAUUCUCCUACAGACAGGAGGCAAGAACUACGGUGGACAGAUUGGCAGAAGCAGAUUACCAUUCAUCGAGUCUGAUCGUCAGCCCCGUCACCUCUCUCAGAACUUUUACUAUCCUCAGGAAGACCGACUGAAGAAAUACUGCGAAGACCACCCGGAGUGCGGCUGGAAUGUGAUCCGUCCUUUCGGCGUGAUCGGUGCCGUUUCAAAAGCAGGCAUGAACACCUUCCUACCCUUCGCCGUCAUGGCCGCUGUUCAAGCCGAGAAGAAAGAGCCUUUGUUUUUUGGUGGUGAUAUUGAGGAGUGGCAAUACGAGUACCUUCACUCAUCUGCUCGUAUGACGGGCUUCCUAUCAGAAUGGGCCGUGCUCGAGGACAAGUGCAAGAAUCAGGCUUUCAACGCUCACGAUGGCAGCCCAAUGUCAUGGGACCGCUUCUUCGAGGAAUUGUCGCGCUGGUACGACGUCCCUGGUGUUGAAGGCCCUGAACUCGACGACUCGAAAUUCGUCAACACCGUCGAACUUGCAGGCGGCAAGGACUCUCCUCUAGGCUAUGGACCACCCACUGCCAUCCGUCUCUCACGUACCAUCGCCGACUGGGUUGAGGAUCCAGCCAGUGAGGCCGCUUGGAAACGAAUCAUGGAGAAGUCGAACGGACAAGUCAAGGUCAACACUUUCGAUGGUGGCAUGGGUGAUGUGCAGAUGGCAGACUUUACCUAUUACAAGAUUGGUCAGCCUUCCAGUGCCAAGGUGCGCAGAUAUGGUUUCAGUGGCUUUGUCGACACUAUGGAGAGUGUGUUUGAAAUGUAUCAAGAUUUGGCAAAGAUGGGGAUCAUACCUCCACCCAAGGUUGAUGCUGCAAAGCCCAUGAUCUAGAUUUUUUUGGGUACGCAAAAGUCAUUACGUAGCAUAGACUCUGUUGGGAAGAAGAUACUU